AUGGCUUUACUUCAAUCAAGCGGUAUCCGAACGGCAAUUCUGAUCGCCGUUUGCGGGGCUUUAUCAAACCGAUCCGCAGCUCAUACGUCAAAGCACCCACUACUUGCCACAGAAAUUAAGCCUCUCUGCGGCCUAUCAGGGCAGCUCAAAACUACAGCGCUUUACGUUAAGCAGAAGCUCAAUCAGCAAGCGACUUACACGGAUAGCAUAACACAGCUAGCCCGAAAGUUGGUUGUCUAUUCAAAGACGCGCACAGACGAUGAUGAUGCACGAAUUGCUCUCGCACUGGCCACUGAAGCACAAAAGCUGCAAGAAGCAGCAACACGAAAAUUACUAACCAUGGCAUCUAAAGGAACUGUGCUAGCGGUACAGGCAGGACUAGCAGCCGGCAUAAUCGACGAUUUUAUAGCGCUAGUGGCCGGCGUAACGCCGGGAGGGACAACCAACAACAACUGUAUCAUCAACAAAGACGCAUUAAGUGGAACAGCAACGUUCACCACGAUCGCAGAACAAUUGCCAGGCUGUGAAACAACAGAAAUAGUAACAACUGAACCACCGGCGAAGCCGAUUCUUCGAGGACAAGAUUUUACCGGAUUUAACAACAUCAAAACCCUCGGCAACGCUGCCACCUACAGCCAAACAUGCUGCAAAUUGUUACAGCACGCCAGUGAUGCGGACCUAACCGGAGCAGGCUAUACCGGCAACAAGCUUUUAGUUGCCGGCGGCGCCAUACACGUAACCUCCAACAACAUACAAAUAGCCAAACUAACCAACCUUUCAUCAGCGGCAGACCAAAGCGUUUUCGAAAAUACUCAAAAAAAGUUGAAGGACUUCGACGUGCAUAAAGCAGAUGACCCAGCAACAACUCACGUAGCGCUCUACACAGCGGCUCUUACAUCAGAAGCAGUGAAAGCAGCGACAGACAUAAAGCUGCAGAAAAAAAGACGAACAAACCAAGAGAUUAACGCCGACAGCGCGCUUGAAAGCAAAGUAAAGGGUAUUAUAGGAUCUGAUGCCGACAGUUUCAAGAACACAUACCUCGACAAGGUCAACAAAGAAACAAUAAAGCUACCGAAAGAAUGGGAGCUAGAGCUCAGCUACAACAAACUAGAAAACCUCGAAACCGAUGCUCAGUACGAAACAAUACUGCUAUAUCUAAGUAAAGUGUCUCAGAAUAAUAGGGAACAGGCAUGCACUGCAGUUCGCCAAGAGCAAAAGCAGCAAGAAACAGAUGAAACGUGCGAAAAGAAAGGAACAGAAGAUAACUACAAAGAUGGCUGCAAAUGGGACGGCGAAGGCGACAAUAAGAAGUGCGUAAAGGAUCUUGAUUACAAGCCAAAACAAGUAGAAGAAAAAGAUGAUGGAAUUAAAGAGGAGAAAUGUGCAGGGAAACAACAAGAAGACUGCAAAUCAAUGGAUUGUAAGUGGAAAGGUGAAAAUUACAAAUAUUCCAGUUUUCUCGUCGAUAAGAAAAUGGCUCUGAGUAUGGACACUGCUUUUAAGGGAUUGGUAGAAUUUUCGAAUUUUAAAAAUCUUUUCUCAAUCUUAUGA